AUGACCCAUGCCUUCGUCAGUCCUAACCUGACCAAACUGGAGAGUUUUUCACGCACAUACAAGGAACUCACUGAGCGCCUGGGGGACCCCGACGUUAUUGCCAACCCUACGACAUUGAUGCAAGUAAAUCAGGAACGGAUGAACAUUGAAGAAGUGGUCGUGAGCUAUCAAGAGUGGCAGAAGCUUGCUGCAGACAUGGCAGGGGCGAAACAGCUCUUUAACGAGGCCGCGGGAGACCCCGAAAUGAAGGAAAUGGCCCGCGCGGAGAUUAAAGACUUGGAGGAGAGACAAGAGGACAUUGAAAAGCAACUGGUGGUCCUGAUGCUGCCUUCUGACCCAUUGGACGACAAGAAUGUCAUGCUUGAAAUUCGGGCAGGCACGGGCGGUAGCGAGGCCGGGCUUUUCGCGGGGGAUCUAGUCGACGUGUACCAGCGUUACGGGCAGAGCCUGGGGUGGCGCGUCCGCGUCGUCGAGGACUCCAGAAAUGACGAGGGCGGAUACAAGAAUGCAGUGCUGGAGAUCCAGGGCGACAAAGUCUAUUCAAAGCUCAAAUUUGAGGCAGGGGUGCACCGAGUGCAACGCGUACCGGCUACCGAGACUCAGGGCCGCGUGCACACAAGUACGGCGACGGUGGCUGUGAUGCCCGAGGUGGACGAGGUGCAAGUGAAAAUAGACCCGAAGGACAUUACCCUGACGACUGCUCGCUCCGGUGGCUCAGGAGGGCAGAACGUGAACAAGGUAGAGACCGCGGUGGACUUGCUGCACAAGCCGACGGGCAUUCGGAUUUUUUGCACACAAGAGAGGUCACAACUCAAGAAUAAGGAGCUCGCCAUGUCGAUGCUGCGGUCGCGCUUGUUCGAUCUGGAACAGGAGAAACAAAGGGAUGCGGUGGCAGGCCAGCGACGCUCCCAGAUCGGCUCGGGCAGUCGUUCGGAGAAGAUAAGGACGUACAAUUGGAAGGACAGCCGAUGCACGGACCACCGACUCGGCACGAACUUCCCUUUACAGAUGUUCCUGGACGGGAAUCUGGAGGAGAUUACCAAUCAGUGUUUGUUGUUGGAGCAACAGGAAAAGUUGGAGGCAAUGCAAUUGACGAACGCAUAG